CUUCAUCAUACACAACAAAGACACUUUCUUCAACAAUGCUACGAGAAGUAGAAUCGUACACCAUAUUUUACAAAGAGUGAAAUAUGAAGAAGGGAAAAACAAAAUUGGUCUGAAUCGAUUGCUCAGUAAUGGCUCCUAUGAAGCUGCAUUUCCUCUUCAUGAGGGGAGUUACAGAAGUAAGAAUCCCAUAAGAACCCACGGGGCAGAAAACCAUAGACACCUGCUUUAUGAGUGCUGGGCUUCCUGGGAAGUAUGGUAUAAAUACCAGCCUCUGGAUCUGGUGAGGCGGUACUUUGGUGAGAAAAUUGGGCUCUACUUUGCCUGGUUAGGCUGGUAUACAGGGAUGCUCUUCCCAGCUGCCUUCAUUGGAUUGUUUGUCUUUUUGUAUGGAGUCACCACCUUGAACCACUGCCAAGUCAGUAAAGAAGUCUGUCAAGCUACAGAUAUCAUAAUGUGUCCUAUAUGUGAUAAAUACUGCCCAUUCAUGAGGUUGUCAGACAGCUGCAUUUAUGCAAAGGUAACCCAUCUUUUUGACAAUGGAGCUACUGUCUUUUUUGCUGUUUUCAUGGCAGUGUGGGCAACUGUUUUUCUGGAGUUUUGGAAAAGAAGGCGAGCAGUAAUUGCUUAUGACUGGGACUUGAUAGACUGGGAAGAAGAGGAGGAGGAAAUACGUCCCCAGUUUGAAGCCAAGUACUCCAAGAAAGAGCGAAUGAACCCCAUAUCUGGGAAGCCAGAGCCUUACCAAGCGUUUGCAGACAAAUGCAGCAGACUCAUUGUUUCUGCAUCUGGAAUAUUUUUUAUGAUCUGUGUGGUCAUUGCUGCUGUUUUCGGAAUUGUUAUUUACCGUGUUGUGACUGUCAGCACUUUUGCUGCCUUUAAGUGGGCUUUAAUCAGGAAUAAUUCUCAGGUUGCAACCACAGGGACUGCAGUGUGUAUCAACUUUUGCAUCAUCAUGCUACUGAAUGUGCUAUAUGAAAAGGUUGCUCUUUUUCUGACAAAUUUAGAGCAGCCUCGUACUGAGUCUGAGUGGGAGAACAGCUUCACUCUGAAAAUGUUUCUUUUUCAGUUUGUCAAUCUGAACAGCUCUACCUUUUAUAUAGCAUUCUUCCUUGGAAGAUUUACAGGACACCCUGGUGCCUACUUGAGGCUGAUAAACCGGUGGAGACUAGAAGAGUGCCACCCUAGUGGAUGCCUUAUUGAUCUCUGUAUGCAAAUGGGUAUUAUAAUGGUGCUAAAGCAGACCUGGAAUAAUUUCAUGGAACUGGGCUACCCGCUAAUUCAAAACUGGUGGACUAGGAGAAAACUACGACAAGAGUAUGGCACACAGAGGAAAACAAGUUUCCCACAGUGGGAAAAGGACUACAACCUUCAGCCUAUGAAUGCUUACGGACUCUUUGACGAAUACCUAGAAAUGAUUCUUCAGUUUGGGUUCACAACCAUUUUUGUGGCAGCUUUUCCACUGGCACCACUUCUGGCCUUACUUAACAAUAUUAUUGAAAUUCGGCUUGAUGCAUACAAAUUCGUGACACAGUGGAGGAGACCUUUAGCCUCAAGAGCCAAAGAUAUAGGAAUCUGGUAUGGGAUCCUGGAAGGCAUUGGAAUUCUCUCUGUUAUCACAAAUGCAUUUGUUAUAGCUGUGACAUCCGAUUUCAUCCCUCGACUUGUUUAUGCUUACAAAUAUGGACCUUGUGCAGGCCAAGGAGAAGCUGGACAAAAGUGUAUGGUUGGCUAUGUUAAUGCCAGUUUAUCUGUAUUUCUGGUGUCUGACUUUGAAAACCGUUCAGAGCCAACAUCAAAUGGAAGUGAAUUCUCUGGUUCACCAUUGAAAUACUGCAGGUACAGGGACUACCGAGACACUCCUCACUCUGCUGUGCCCUAUGGAUACACGCUGCAAUUCUGGCAUGUCUUAGCAGCACGGCUGGCUUUCAUUAUUGUAUUUGAGCACCUUGUCUUUUGCAUAAAGCACGUGAUUUCCUACUUAAUCCCAGAUCUCCCGAAAGAUUUGAGAGAUCGGAUGAGGAGAGAGAAAUACCUGAUUCAGGAAAUGAUGUAUGAGGCUGAACUGGAACGUCUGCAGAAAGAACGGAAGGAAAGGAAGAAGAAUGGAAAAUCCUAUCACAAUGAGUGGCCAUGAUGGGGUGACGGGCCUAUAUGUUGUUUACUUAUUCCAGCUCCACAAGAGCACUACCUUCAAGAGAAUGAGAGAAAAUGCAACCUCCAAGCAUGCCACAGACAUUUUCCAUAGCAAGCAGGACAGUUCACAUCAAAGGAUUUACUGUGAAAUCAUCUUGCAAUCAGCGUAGGAUUGAUCACCAUAGACUACUCUUGACAGUAAGCAUGUACUUAAUAAGCAAUUAUACACCAGUUUUUAAAACCAAGGAAAAAAAAUGUAUAUUGGGGCUGUUUUUCAGCCUGUUUGCUACGUUUUUUGCAUUCUGUCCCAUGUUGGUUUUACAAGUCUUAGAAUAACAAAUGUAAAUGAAAAACCUGGAUACUUGCAAACCUGGCAAAAAGAAAGCCUAGGUAUAUAACAUCACCUGCUUUCAAGCUACCCAAAACUGAAACUUUGUUUACAAAUGAGUUCAUUUUUUUUAU